CGGGCGCGCAACUUCGCAGAACCUCACCGCCCCGGCUCUCCUCGCCUCAGUCUCCUCUUUCCUCUCCCAGGCGAGAGGACCAGCGGAGGCACCUCUCCCGAGUCUUAGACUGCAGAGUCUGAGACUUACCGAGAGGAGCCCCGGAGGAGAUAGACUUUUUCUCCCCUUUCCCAUUCCUUCUUUUUGCUCAGAGGCAAGCUGAGGCGCGGAGCUUUAGAAAGUUCUUAAGUGGUCAGGCAGGCAGGUGCUUCCCUUUUUCUCCUCGCGCCGAGGUGGGGCUGGGACCUCUGGACCCAGCUUCUUACCUCAUAAGGUGCAUCUUUUCCUGCUCCAGCAGCCAAUGCGCAUCGGAGCCGCUCUCUGCAGAGCCAGGGGGCAGGUCGGCUUCUCGGUGUGCGCCUAAGAGGAUGGAUCGGAGGUCCCGGGCUCAGCAGUGGCGCCGAGCUCGCCAAAAUUACUACGACUUGUGCCCGCCCAUAGGCCGCCGGACAGCCGCCGCGCUCCUCUGGCUCUCCUGCUCCAUCGCGCUCCUCCGCGCCCUUGCCGCCUCCAACGCCCGCGCCCAGCAGCAGCGCCUGGCUGCCCAACAGCGCCGGAGCUUCCUUAACGCCCAUCACCGCUCCGACGACCAGGUAUUCCCCGAGACCCCUGAGUCCGAAUCUGACUACGAGCACGACGAGGUAGACCUUGACCUGUCCCUCCCUGAGUGCGCAGAGUACGACGACUUCGAGUACGAGCUCGAGUCCAACAACGACUUCGAGAACGACUUUGACUCCGACUUCGACACCGAGCCUGAUUCCGCUGCCGAGCCUGAUUCCGCUCCCACCACUGAGCCCGAGACCGAGCCGGAAGACGACCGCGGCCCCGUGGUGCCCAAGCAGUCCACCUCCACCCAGUCUUUCACCCAGCGUCUGUACGCUCUGAGGUUGCGAAGCCCCGACGCCUCCCCAAGUCGUGCGCCGCCCAGCACUCAGGAGCCCCAGAGCCCCAGGGAGGGGGAGGAGCCCGAGCCAGAGCCCAAGGACAAGGAUCCGAGGGCCCCCGAAGAGUCUGAGGAGCCCAAGAAGGAGAAGAAGCAGCAGCGCCGCUGCAAGCCGAAGAAGUCCACCCGCCGCGACCCGUCCCCGGAGUCCCCUUCCAAAAAGGGACCCAUCCCCAUCCGGCGUCACUAAUGGGGGACUCCGUCCAGAUUCU